AUGGAUAAUGACUUAAACCAAACAUACAUUACUCUUGGUGGUCAUGUGGAAGUAAACAAAUAUAAAUAUGUUUAUUUUUUUAUCAUGCUUACAGUAUUUAUUCUCAUUAUCUGCUUCAACUUUACCAUCGUGUGCCUUAUUUGGAUACACAAAAAUCUCCAUGAGCCCAUGUACAUUUUCAUUGCUGCUUUGCUGCUGAACUCAGCUGUUUUCAGUGCUGCGAUUUACCCAAAGUUGUUCAUUGACUAUUUGUCUGAAAAGCAGAUCAUAUCAUAUUCAGCCUGUCUCUUUCAGUUCUACCUUCUCUACUCUUUGAGUGGAUCAGAGUUCCUACUGUUGGCAGGCAUGGCCUAUGACAGAUAUGUGUCAAUAUGUAAACCUUUGCAAUAUCCAACUAUCAUGAGUAAAACCACAGUGAGUAUUUUCCUGGUUGUAGCCUGGCUUGUGCCUUGUUGUCAGACUGCAGUGGCAGUACUGCUGAGUGCUGAUAUGAAACUCUGCAACUUUACUUUAGAGGGAAUUUUUUGUAACAACCUGAUGUACAGUCUCCACUGUGUGAGCUCCAGAGCACUAUCUGUAUUUGGCAUUUUUGCUUUGGUAGAUGUUGGGCUUUUCCCCAUGCUCUUUAUACUUUUUACUUACACAAGGAUACUCAUCAUCUCGUGUCGCAGCAGAGAAGUCAGGAAAAAAGCUGCACAGACAUGUUUACCCCAUCUGUUGGUGUUAAUCAGCUUUUCGUGUUUUUGUGCAUAUGAUAUCCUCAUAGCUCGAAUUGGAUCUGAUUUUUCAAAAACUGUACGUUUAAUUAUGACCUUGCAAGCAGUUUUGUACCAUCCUCUCUUCAAUCCCAUAAUCUAUGGACUGAAAAUGAAAGAAAUCUCAAAACACCUGAAGAGAUUGUUCUGUCAAGCAAAAGUUUUCUAAUGUAUCAAGUAGUAUGAGGUCAGAUAUGCUAAUGUUGAGUCAUAUCUCAAUUAUAAUAUGAUUUUCUGUAUAAGAUAUCUAAUGCAGGUAUUUUAAUAGAAUGCUUUAGAAAUCAUCAUCCUUUGUUUAAUCAAAACGUUUAAGACUGCACGGUUCAAACAAUGCAAUAAAUAUACAGUAUGCUUCAGUUAUUAAAUACAUGAUCUAUUCAAUGUCCACCUCAGCUUUAUUUGUUUGUGUAUUUACCUUGAAGGUUUAUACCCUCUU